AUGGAAUAUGCCAACUUACAGAGAUCAGUUGAGUCCGUGGCAUCAGCGACGACGGUGGAGGUCUUCUCGAGGAUGAAUUGGCAGCUAUCACCAAAGAAUCCGUCACGACAGACGCAUAGUGGGCCGGAAGACUAUAAUCCGGCCAAGUUCCACCUCAAUAACUCCAACUGCACCGGCUGGAACAUAGAGAGCGCCCCGAAGACGUCACGGAUCGAGGCAAAGUACCUCCCGAGCAGCGUCAAUGCAGGAUAUGGAGAAGCGGUACUCCGAAUUCUAUAUUCGAAUCCGUGGCAAAUAACGGGACGAAUCGGGGAGUUCAAUAACGAGAUUAUUCCAUUUGAAGUAAUCUCAAUGGACCGGCGUCAGAGAAAAUGGCUACUUCAGGAGAAAGAUGCCGGAGGGAUGCUAGCCAUUGAGGUGCAAGUGGCACUCGACGGAAACAAGGAACGCGGAACCCUGUCGUCAAGGCCCAGCAAGAACAGGGACGGAUUCUGA